UAUUCACUAUGCCAUAGCACUGGUAAUAUUGAAUAAAGAAAUUUCACCAACUGUCGGUAUGUUAUAUCCCAGAGAAUCGGAAACACGCGAGGUACGCUCGCUUGAUGGACUGUGGAAUUUUGUAAAAUCAGAUCCCACCAAUCCAACACAAGGUGUUCGUGAUAAAUGGUUUACGGACGAUUUAAGUCGGGUACGGGAUACGAUACCAAUGCCUGUACCGGCCAGUUAUAAUGACAUUACAACGCAAAAUGAUCUUAGAGAUCAUGUUGGAACAGUGUGGUAUGAUAGGAAAUUUUUUGUGCCACGGUCAUGGGCCGAUAAGCAAAGGGUGUGGUUGCGUUUUGGCAGUGUCCACUAUGAGGCAUUUGUGUAUGUUAACGGUGAAAUGGCUGUGCGACAUGAAAUGGGCCAUCUACCAUUUGAGGCGGAAAUUACGAAUUUAGUCAAAUAUGGUGAAGAGAAUCGGAUAACGGUGAUGUGUGAUAAUGCCCUUAUACAAACCACAGUACCUCAGGGUAAAAUUACCGAAGUGUCAAGGGAUGAUGGUGUUGCCAUAGUACAAACUUAUACAUUUGAUUUCUUUAAUUAUGCUGGUAUCCACCGCUCUGUGCAUUUAUAUACAACACCCCUAACCUAUAUUGAGGAAAUGGAAAUUACCACCGAUUUGGCAAAGGACAAUAAUGUCGGUUUCGUCUACUACAAAGUUAAGGCCAAUGGCACGGCGGCCAAUGAAGCUAUUAGCAACUUGUACGUGCGUGUUCAGCUGCGCAACAAAGAAGGUGUCAUUGUGGCCAAUGAAACAUCUAAUGCCGAUUUGAAAGGUGUUCUAGAAGUACAAAAAGUAAUGCCCUGGUGGCCAUACCUGAUGCAUCCGGAACCCGGCUAUCUUUAUCAAUUGGAGGUGUUCUUACAUGGUAACAAUAAUGAAUUGCUGGAUGUUUAUCGUCAAAAGGUUGGCAUACGUACCUUGAGUUGGAAUAAUACAUCGUUUAUGAUUAACGGCAGGCCGGUAUAUUUCCGUGGUUUUGGUCGUCAUGAAGAUUCAGAUAUCCGUGGUAAGGGUUUGGAUUUAGCCCUGAUGACAAGAGAUUUUAAUCUGUUGAAAUGGAUUGGUGCCAAUGCCUAUCGUACCUCACAUUAUCCAUAUUCGGAGGAGUCUAUGCAAUUUGCCGAUGAAAAUGGCAUAAUGAUUAUUGAUGAAUGCCCGAGUGUUGAUACUGAAAACUUCAAACAGGAACUGCUCGACAAGCACAAAUCAUCUAUGGAACAACUUAUACACAGAGAUCGCAAUCAUCCUAGUGUAGUUAUGUGGUCCAUUGCCAAUGAGCCCCGAACAAAUCAAUUAAAUGCAGGAUCAUAUUUCCAAUAUGUAGCCAACUAUACCAGAGAACUGGAUCCCACGAGACCUGUUACUGCUGCCAUUGCCGUGUCUUCAAAUGAUGAUAAAGCUGCCAAAUUCUUAGAUGUAAUUAGUUUUAAUCGCUACAAUGGUUGGUACAGUAACCCUGGACGCUUGGAUAUGAUUACCAAACGAGUAAUCGACGAGGCUACAAAUUGGUAUAAAAAGCACAAUAAACCGGUUAUAAUGUCGGAAUAUGGUGCCGAUACUGUGGAAGGAUUACAUUUGCUUCCUGCCUAUGUCUGGUCAGAGGAAUAUCAAACGGAAUUGUUUUCACGACACUUUAAAGCAUUCGAUACACUGAGGAAACAACCCUGGUUUAUUGGAGAAUUUGUAUGGAAUUUUGCCGAUUUUAAAACGGCACAAACCGUAACUCGUGUUGGUGGCAACAAGAAAGGUGUCUUCACCCGCAAUCGCCAACCCAAAGCUGUUGCCCAUUUGUUACGUAAACGUUACUUUGCCUUGGGUCGUGAAGUCGAUCAAUGUAAUUUCCCCGAAGAUCUUUUCACGUAUAUUGCUGAUGUUGGCGCGGCACGCAGUGCCAAACAUGACGAUACAGAUUUAUAAUCGCCACCUUUAAUUUG